AGCAGGGUGCUCUCUCUCAUCCACAGCCUCAGUGCACCGGAGUGUCAUCUUUGGAGCGGUCGUCUGCCUGCUUGUCCGCCGGCCCCCCUCCCGCUCCUCCUGUCCGGGUUUCAGAGUGAACAUGGACACGGUCUGAGAAGCAGUGUCGAGCUGUCAGCUGUUUCUCCCGCUUCGCACAGAAGAAUAACAAGACAUUCUGCCCUCGCUCGUCCUCGCCGAAGUCUCGAUAAUGAUGGAGUACUGGAGGCAAUGCUCGCUGUGGCUGAUCAACUGCAAGGUGCUACCAGUCAACCACCGGGUUACAUGGGAGUCCGCGCAGGUAUUCGAUUUGGCCCAGACGCUCCGGGAUGGAGUCCUGCUGUGCCAUCUGCUCAACAACCUGAGAGGCCAGUCCAUCAACCUGAAGGAGAUCAACCUCAGACCUCAAAUGUCACAGUUCCUGUGCCUGAAGAAUAUCAGGACCUUUCUGGCAGCGUGUAUCGAGAUAUUUGGCAUGAAGAAGAGCGAGCUGUUCGAGGCCUUUGACCUUUUCGAUGUCCGGGACUUUGGAAAGGUUAUGGACACACUAUCCAAACUGUCCCACACAGUAAUUGCACAACAAACUGGAGUCAGGCCUUUUCCAACAGAGGAUAGUGUUGAAGAUGAAGAUAUUUACAACCACCUGGUGGAUCUCAUUGAUGAGAACGGGGUGGAGGAUGAGGAGGAUCUGUAUGACUGUGUGUACGAUGAUGAAGAUGGAGGAGAGAUCUAUGAGGACCUGAUGAAGACGGAAGCCCUCCCUCCUCCGGCGUUCCACAAGGCGGAGACUGACAUUAGGAGCUGCUGUUUAACAGAGAUCAGACAGACAGAGGAGAAAUACACUGAGACCCUGGAGUCAAUAGAAAAGCACUUUAUGUCGCCCCUCACCAUGUUUCUAUCCACGGUGGAGAUGGAGAGGGUGUUUGUGAACAUCCCGGAUCUGGUGAAAGUUCACAAGUGUUUGCUGCUGGAGAUCCAAGACUCCGUUCACCACAGAAGUGCCCAGAACCUUUACCAGAUCUUCAUCACUUUUAAAGAGAGUUUGUUGAUCUACGGGAAAUACUGCAGCCAUGUGGAGACGGCCAUCGCCGCGCUGGACAACAUCAGUAAAGACAGAGAGGACGUUCGCAUGAAGCUCGAGGAGUGUUCAAAGAGAGCCAACUACGGCAAGUUCACGCUCAGAGAUCUGCUGGUGGUUCCUAUGCAGCGAGUUUUGAAGUACCACCUCCUCCUGCAGGAGCUGGUGAAACACACUCAUGAUUCCACGGACAAGAGCAACCUGCGGAAAGCACUGGACGCCAUGAAGGAUUUGGCUCAGUACGUCAACGAAGUGAAGCGAGACAACGAGACCCUGCGGGAAAUAGAUCAGUAUCAGAAAUCCAUUGAAAACUUGAAUCAGCCUCUCAGUAACUACGGGAGACCCAAAGGAGACGGGGAGGUACGGGUGGCCUCGGUGGACAAACGAGCCAAACAGGACAGGCACAUCUUCCUCUUCGACGCCGCAGUGAUCGUUUGUAAGCGGCGCGGAGACAACUACGAGAUGAAAGAGGUGAUCGACCUGCAUCUCUUCAAGGUCACCGACAACCCCACGUCGGACAAGGAGAACCGAAAGUGGUCCUACGGAUUCUACCUCACUCACAACCAGGGUCAGAACGGCUUUGAAUUCUUCUUCAAGACCAAAGAAUUGAAAAAGAAGUGGCUGGAGCAGUUUGGCAUGGCCAUAUCCAACAUACGACCUGAGAAUGGCAACAACAACUUGCAUGAGUUUCAUAUGCACACCUUUGACAAAAUCACCUCCUGCAACUCCUGUCACAUGCUGCUAAGAGGCGUCUUCAACCAAGGCUACAUGUGCUCCAAGUGUGGUCUAGGUGCCCAUAAAGAAUGCCUGGGCCGCUUUGGCUGCUGUGGAAAAACAGAUCCUGUCUCCAUCAGAACUCAGGGCAAAGAUCGAGAUGCAGGUCUACCCAAGAUGCUGGUGAUCAGGAACUACUUUGGUGUGCCGAGCCCCACUUCUGGCCCGGCGCUCAGCAUCCAGACGGGUGACAUCAUUGAACUGAUCUGCGCCGACCUUCACAGCCCCUGGUGGCAGGGCAAAAUCCUGUCGACGAAAGAGGUUGGCUUCUUCCCAAGCGAUGCUGUGAAGCCUUGCCCAUGUGUUCCGAAGCCUGUUGAUUACUCAUCUCAACCCUGGUUUGCGGGGCCCAUGGAGAGGCUCCAGGCAGAGGCAGAGCUCAUCAACAGAGUCAACAGCACUUACUUGGUCCGCCAUCGCAGCAGAGAGUACACAGAGUACGCCGUCAGCAUAAAGUACAACAACGACGUGAAGCACAUAAAGAUCCUAACCAAGGACGGCUGCUUCUACAUCGCAGAGAACAAGAAGUUCAGGAGCAUAAUUGAGCUGAUUGAAUACUACAAACACCACUCCCUGAGAGAAGGAUUCAGGAGUCUGGACACCACGCUACAGUUUCCAUACUUGGAAACUGAGAACGCCGCUGUGCACCGACUCAACCGGUCAGGAGGCAACACCCCAUUGCUGUGCGGCAUCUCUUUUGUAACUCCUGCCGGCUACAGCUUUGUACCUCCUUCCUCUGCUCCCUUCUGGUCAGUGUUUACCCCCAAAGUGAUCGGUGUGGCGAUAGCACGGUACGACUUCAGCUCGCGUGACACCCGCGAGCUCUCGCUGCAGGAGGGCGACGUGGUGAAGAUCUACACAAAGUCGGGAGCCAACGGCUGGUGGAGGGGCGAGGUUAACGGCAGGGUGGGCUGGUUUCCAUCCACAUAUGUAGAGGAGGGUGAGGAGUGAGAGGUUCACCGCGGGAGUUUCAGUGAGAUAGAAGAAGGACGGCAGCAGUGGAGUGAACACACUGAGCACCAGUGGUACACUGAGGUACCAGUGACAGACAGAGUGAGCAUCUGCACUGCCGCUCGCUCCAGUGUUACUCUCUUCACUCUCCGGCUCUGCUGCGCACGACCAUCCCAGUGGCCUUUGUGAGGGGGAGAAAAAAAAGGGGCGGCAGCUCAUUGCAGAUGCAGAGACGCCCCGAUCACUUCUGGCCAACUCGCGAGGCUAAGUGACUCCAUCGCCUAGCAGCUUGACUGUCAGCGGGACACGAGCCCUCGCCAAACGCCUCCCCGACUCCGUCCGUCCAUCCAUAAUUCACCUUUUGCUCCAGCCACAGCCCCCGCCACCCCCACCAACUCCCACCUGUUUCUGCUUGCCAAGUCGGCCAUCGCCAAUCUGUCAAAAGUGGAUACUCAUAUGCCUCUUUCCCAUUCAUGCGCUCAUCCAUCCAUCCCUCCAUCCAUCGUUUCCACCACUCCCUGUGGGAACAGAGUCAUCAGAGCUGAAAAGACCCACAGUGAACAGCUUUUUCUUCCCCCCUCCCUCCUUACGCUGAUGAAUCUCAGACCGUUCUGACCUUGCCUGUGUGUUUGUUCCACUAAUGCAGGUGGUUAUUGAUGACUUGAUGACCCAGAAUCACACUUCCACACCACCCACCUCUCCUCCGCUGCACAUCAUGAUCACCACACACACACACACACACACACACACACACAGGAGAUGUAAGAGAGGGAUGGCGUCGGAUAGCAUCGCUGCACAGUGCCAGCAAUUGAUCGCUGUUGUUCCUAUUUUCCUCCUCCCACCUCCACCAUUCUUUAUCUGCAGCUCAGCCUCUCAUGUUUUCAGUUGUCUUGGCUGUUAGCGAUCCUCUGCUCUUAUCAGUGGCAGCUCUGUCAACAGGAGCCCAUUCGCAGAGGGUUUAUCUUAGUUCCGGCAUUAGUGUCGGGGAACAAGCCACCUGCUCCUGUGACAUAAAACAGGAGAAAACUUUUUCUUCUUCUGUCAAAGCAACUGUCUUUUACUUUUUCAAUUUUUAGCUUUUUUUUUUCAUUAUCUGCAAAUAUGAUGGGUACGGUGCAGUUUGAUUGCAUUCUUGCAGAAGUGAUCAAUACUUUAAUAUUCUGUGUCUAUGAGAGGCGAUAAAGCCAGAUUUCUACUUUGUCAACAUCUUCACCGGAUUAUGCAUCCGAAUAUUUUAGCAUCUUUUUCAAAUUUGGCAAAAACACCACUUUUUUUCCAGGGUAUUUAAAUUUCAAGCUUUAAUGAAAUCAGUUUUCAGAACCCCCUUUUACUUAUUAUAUCUUCCAGCUGUCUGUCCUCCAUUCCACCCCCUUCUCUCUCCGUGUGUACACCCUAACCCCCACAUACAUAAUGCACAGUCCGUCUCCACAGUCCACAGUGAAAUAUGGUUUUCCUACAGAACAGGAGAACAUGGAUACCAAGUUUGUGUGGAGAAGAGAAUGAAGACUCUGUAGCAGCUGGAACUGUUCAAGUUAAAACAAGCCUGUGUUUAAAAUAUGUAGAUAUUCUUAUUUUAUUUAACAUGUGUUUUGUUGUAGCCCAAUCAGAAGGCUUUCCACAUACAGUCCCUUUUUUGUGAAGACAGUGAAACAUCACUGUAGGUUCAUGUUUUCCUCCUCCUCCUCCUCCUCCCUCCUCCUCAUCAAUCACAUCCUUAAUGUUUUAUUGGAGACUGACGAAUGAGGGGAGUUAGCUUCUGGAAACAGGCGUCAUCCUCCACCUCUCACAUCUUCAUCCUCACGUGGAAACAUAGUUUUAUUGUAAGGAUAUGCUAUUGUGUGAACUCAAAGGAGCCAUCAUGUUUGAUGAAAAUGAUUAAUAACCCCCCGUCAGACCUGCCACGCCAUCCCAAUGACAUAAUAUGUUAUUUAAGACUGAAGAAACGUGUCAAAAAGGAUCAUGUUAAUGUGUUCUGCCCUGUGAUGUCUCCCCUUUUCCUGUUUUUCUUCCAUUACCGGAGUCAUUAAGUGACCACUAGAUGGAGGCAUCGUAAACACAUCUCCUUAUCUCCUGGCAGUCAUCUUUUAAUUGCUUAAGUUUGGAGAUGACAUCAUCUGAUAAGGAGGCGAACAGUUAAAAUGCGACGUGUCAUCUAAUAUCUAACGAACCGCUGUGAUGAUUCUCGCUGCAAACAUUCAAAUCUUUGGGAAAGGGGGCAAAUAUAACCCUGCACGUGAAUCUCACACAUCCUGGGAGAACUGAAGAGGAACAGUACUCGGGUAAUCCACUCCCUCGCUCCCUCCUUCGCCCAGAUGAACCCUGACAGAAGGGCCAUUUACAACUGCAGGCCUUCAUCCCCUCAGAGCCAGCUUCCAGAUUUUUCUGUGUGCAGGAGGGACGGGAGGAAGGCUCAAGGGUAUCUGCGAUCUAAUCAUUACACCAUCUCCUCACCUCGACGACCCGGCUGCAUCCAUCUCUCUGUCAGCUCCCCUCUCUCUCGCCCUCUCUCACUGUGUCACUUCGCCUCUCUCUCUCUCUUUAUACCGCUCUCCUUCCCCUGCGUCUAUCUUUCAUCCAAUCUCUGUCUCCUCGGUCUCUCUCUCUCUGUAUUCCGCGCCUCAUGCCGAUGCUAUGUAGGCUGUAAUGUCCGCUGCCAUAUGUUGGCGGGAGGAGAAGAGAUGAUUCAGUAUUGUCAGGGGAGGAGGGGAAGAGGCGGGCUGACUCUCCAUAAACAAGCGCCGCAGAAACGGAAACGAGCACUGGUUUCAUUUUUGCCACAAAUUAAUAGACUGAGAGAAAUGAUGCCAAUUAGAGAAUGAAUUAGGAUUCUCUCUCACCACGGUUAUCUCCUCAUGUGCAGUGUGAGCACAGAUUAUUUCUGUAUGCUGAGACGCACACACACUCACGCACCGCGUACGUGAGGAAAAGGGUUUUGACAGGAUUCAGGGCUGAGCAAGUCUUAGCCCAGCAGGGUUUUUAGGAUACAAUCUCCCGAACCAACCAUCGCCAUCCGACGCGUCUAUACAAACUUGCACUGAAUCACACCAUUCACACACACACAUACACAGCACAUGGAGGAAAAAAGUGAUAUAAUUCUUACUCCAUAAUACUGUGCUCUGAAAAUCCAUUAUAGCCUAUAUCACCCAUCUGUCAGUGAGUUUGUUAUCAGUGCCCCCCCCCCCCACUUGAACUUUGCAUUCAUGCCUUUGUGUUGUUCUCCCAUUGAAACCAAAGAUUAAUGUUGUACUCGCUUUACAUUCAGUGUUAUGUCUCAUUACCAUGGUACCCGACCGCUGUGGCCUAACUCUAAAACCGUGCAAUCCUGACUGUGUAGCAUUACCGUGUGUUGUUUGCUGUAUCAUACUGUAAAAUAUGUACAAAGCAUUAAAUAAAGAUACAUAUUGCUUC